AGUGUAUUCCGGUGGGCUAGCCUCUCAAAUCGCCUUACGGUUGUGAGACAUCAACGCUUUUUGUAUGUCUGUGGGACUUUGCUUCUGUAAACGCACGAAGAGAUACAGAGAAGGCGUCUCCACGAAUUGCUGUUUUUUUCCCCACCACCAAGUGUAAUUCGCCACGCCGAAAGACGCCAGGCUUUAUUCUCAGUCGAGAGAGAUACUUUUUGCCCCUGGUCCUUUGAUAAGAGGUGCUGUAGCUGACCUGUGACAAAUUUUUUCAGCUGUUUGGUUUAAGGAGGAGAGGAAGCAAAGAUGCCUAAACCGAUCAACGUUCGUGUGACCACUAUGGAUGCAGAGCUGGAGUUUGCCAUUCAGCCUAACACCACUGGAAAACAGCUUUUUGAUCAGGUUGUAAAGACGGUGGGCUUGCGGGAAGUCUGGUUCUUUGGCCUCCAAUAUGUGGACAGCAAGGGCUACAUAACUUGGCUCAAACUCAAUAAGAAGGUGACGCAGCAAGACGUAAAGAAAGAGAACCCACUGCAGUUUAAGUUCAGAGCCAAGUUCUUUCCUGAGGAUGUUUCAGAGGAGCUUAUCCAGGAGAUAACCCAAAGACUCUUCUUCCUUCAGGUGAAAGAGGCCAUCCUGAACGAUGAGAACUACUGUCCGCCGGAAACAGCCGUGUUGCUUGCCUCAUAUGCAGUGCAGGCCAAAUAUGGAGACUACAUGAAGGAUGUUCACAAGCCUGGAUACCUCACACACGACCGACUGCUGCCUCAGAGAGUCCUGGAGCAGCACAAACUAACCAAGGAGCAGUGGGAGGACAGGAUCCAGACCUGGCAUGAAGAACACAGAGGAAUUCUCAGAGAGGACUCUAUGAUGGAGUAUUUAAAAAUUGCCCAGGACUUGGAGAUGUACGGGGUCAACUACUUUGAAAUCAAAAACAAGAAAGGCACACAGCUGUGGCUGGGCGUGGAUGCACUCGGUCUUAACAUCUACGAGCACGGAGACAAGUUGACUCCAAAGAUUGGCUUCCCCUGGAGUGAAAUUCGAAACAUCUCCUUCAAUGACAAGAAGUUUGUGAUCAAACCCAUUGACAAGAAAGCACCGGACUUUGUGUUUUACGCUCCACGACUGCGCAUCAACAAGCGCAUCCUGGCGUUGUGUAUGGGGAACCAUGAGCUGUACAUGAGGAGGAGAAAGCCCGACACCAUUGAGGUGCAGCAGAUGAAGGCCCAGGCUCGGGAGGAGAAGCACCAGAAGCAGAUGGAGAGGGCCCAACUGGAGAACGAGAAAAAGAAGCGAGAGGCUGCAGAGAAAGAGAAAGAGAGGAUUGAACGCGAGAAGGAAGAACUCAUGGAGAGGCUGAAACAAAUUGAAGAGCAGACUAUGAGAGCCCAAAAAGAGCUGGAGGAGCAGACUCGCCUGGCUUUGGAGUUGGAGCAAGAGAGGAUGAAAGCACGAAAGGAGGCCGAGAGGUUGGAGAAGGACAGACAAGCAGCCGAGGAGGCGAAAGGCGAGCUGGCCAAACAGGCUGCAGACCAGCAGAAGAACCAAGAACAACUGGCUGCUGAACUUGCCGAAUUCACAGCCAAGAUUGCUCUCCUGGAAGAUGCCAAAAAGAAAAAAGAAGAGGAGGCCACAGAAUGGCAGCACAAGGCUCUGUCCGCACAGGAGGACCUGGAGAAGACCAAAGAGGAGCUGAAGACUGCCAUAACCACAGUGUCAACCCCUCUGGGCGGCCAUGCUGAGAGCGAGCAUGACGAGCAGGACGAGAACCACGCCGAGGCGAGCGCUGAGCUUUCCAACGAGGGCGUCAGCCAGCUGGACCUGCGCAGCGAGGAGGCUCGCAUCACUGAAGCCCAGAAGAACGAGCGGGUCAAGAAACAGCUCCAGACUUUAAGUUCCGAGUUGGCGGACGCCAGAGACGAAACCAAGAAGACCCAGAACGACGUCCUGCACGCCGAGAAUGUGAAAGCGGGCCGAGACAAGUACAAAACGCUGCGUCAGAUCCGGCAGGGCAACACAAAGCAGCGUAUCGAUGAGUUUGAGUCCAUGUGAAAAAAAAAAAAAAGACCUCUGUGCCCCGUCCCCGCACCCCUCCCUUCUCCAACGCGGCCGCACACUUUUUCACGGACAACUGAUGCAGCCGCCCUUCUCGUCCUCUACCCCUCCCCCCUACCGUUUAUCUUGUCAGCCUGCCAAAGUUGUACUCCUCAUGCCCUGCUUAAGAAUUUGGGGUGUGUGUGUGUGUGUGUGUGUGUUUGUGUGUGUGCGUGUGUGUGCGCGCGCGCGUGCGCACGUGCCAGAGAACGUGUGUACUAGUUGAGCGUGUGCAAAAAGACAGCGUCACACACCAGAGAUCAAAAUGGAUUGUUUUCAUCAAGGCCCAAGAAAGCUUUGGUUCUUUUCCAUGUACUCAAAGCUUGGUUGCAUGGCUUCACUUCAACAUACGUCCGCCCUCUUUUCGUUUUUAAGUUCUGCUUUUUGUUUGAAUCAUUUUAGCGUUUGUUUUUAACUACCUGUCCAAAGUCUGAGGCUCGAUUAAGGACCAGACCACAGAGCAGGAUGUAGAUGAUUAAAUGCUACCAGUGUCACCUCUUAAAGGUCAAAAAGACAUUUCAUUUCUAAAAGGGUUCUGUGGUAUUUAUGUUUAAACUGGAUUUUUUUGGUGGGGGGUAGGGGUAUUUUACUUCAUCUCACAUUAUGUUGGGGAGGGGAGGAGACACCUGACACGUCACCUGCCAGGUGUUGAUGGAUGAAUGUAGCAAAGGUGACAAAGGGAAAGUACGUUACGCACCGAGCCACCGGCCGGAAAGUGUUGCCGCAUCCCAGUGUUUGAUGUGCAGUCGCUACGCUGCUCGUCUCAUGGGGUCGUGGUCAUGGUGUCUGCAUUUCUGUGUGUGUGUGUGUGUGUGUGUGGAAACACAGCAGCCCGGCCGCGGCGCUCUCGAACGUCGGUCUACCUCUCGCCAUGUUCGCGGCCCCCUUCGCACCCCUUUCCAAAAACUAGGUGGCCUUAGAGCUCAUCUGCAAUUUAUAGACGCACGGAAUAAUGAUGCUGUCAUUACAUUGCCUCGGACGGGCUUUGAUGACUGCAUUGAACGAAAUGUUUGUAUUCUUAGGACCUGCGCUCGGUGGUUACAAAGAGGGGAGAUAAGCAGCUCCAUUUAAAGUUGUCAUAAAUUCAAGUGGAGCGUCCUCCGUGCAUGUUUCAAUUGAACCGACUUGAAGAAACUUUUUUUUUCUUAACAUUACACACAACGAGAAUGCUUUCAUGCUUGUAUUUGUUACACUAUGCUUGACAGCUGGUGCAGGUUGACUUUUAAUAACAGUCGAGUGGCUUUUAAAGCUCCUUGCCUGCCCCCAAUGUGAGACAUUUGCCAACGGCAGGCACACAUGCUUACGUGCUUCCAGACCAUUUUUGCGUUGCGUUCACAAGGACUAAACCAGCCCGUGUCAUUGACGCGGAUCAUUUUCAUUGUUUAUAAAAGUUGGCUUUUGUUAAAUACUCUCGGCCUGCCCAACGAAGCCAACCUGUGUGACGGUGGUGGUGAUGAUGAUGAUGAUGAUCUGGCACCAGCUGUCACAGUGCUGUUAUUUUGUUGGUUUCAGAGUCAAUAUGUUUGUUUGUUAGAGGAUUCUUUAUGGAUAUACUGUAUGGUUUGCUGGAUCACCAAUAAUAAAGUUUUACAUUUAAGUUCA